UCCACUACUAAAAAAAACCACACAUGUAUAAUUGACUGACAACACACGUCUGAGUCACAUAGAGACCUACAGCUUAUGUGGAAAGACGGCUGGGCAGAGAGAUCUGCAAGUUCUGAAGAAUUUAAUCAUAUAUUUAAAAUUCCCAGAUGUUUGCGACACUUCUAUAAUUGCCAUUUUCCAGAUCAUGUGCAAGGCUGAUGUGAUCUAUACUGAAGACCAAGGAAACACAGCUGACUGGAAAAUAAGAAACUUCAAGCAUGUGCCUGAACAGUGCUGAAAAGAAGAAGUAGCAGGAGUUUCAAAUGGAGUUUUUACGUCAGUACUUCUGGCCAUCAUUACUUCUGGCCAUCAUUCUGGUGUCUCUGGUGAUAGUAAUGAUUUUCAUAAUCAUCAAUGUUUGCAUCAGUAAAAGAGCUGCUUGGUACAGUACACAAGCAAGACCAAAUCAUUAUAAUGACACACAUUUUAAAAAGCAGAACAACCAAGUUCAUCACAAAGACCUUGAGAAUGAGAAACCACCCUUACCUCCCAGGGAUCAGUUCAAAUCCAUGCAUUCUGUGGAUCAGAGUUAUGAGGAUUUGGAGCCCGUGUCAGACUAUGUGGAGGUUGAGGAUGAGUCAAAUCCCCCUGCGCCCCAACAACCCACCUUCACGCCACACUAUGCCACCAUCGAGACUAAAAGUCAAGACCAAGACGCUGUCUCUGAGGAUUAUGAUGAUGUUGAAAUCCCUGCUAACGAUGACAGUGAGGAUGAUGAUGACAUAGGAUAAAAGACAGGAACCAUUACUUUCCCUUCAGCUGGACACAUGAGCGGACCCAGAAAUCAACUAUAUGUUUCCUACAAACUACUAUUGUACAUUAUUUGAGCAGAAACAAGUUCUAAUAGCAUGUAAACUAAUACAAGUGUGUUUACUUUCAUAUAAACCAAUCUUUCACUUCCCAUUGUUAGAAAUGCAAUACAUCUUCCAAAAAUGUCAUUUGAUUUGUCAUUUUCUGUUGAAGCACCACGAGACAUUUGUGUGGAAGAGAUUAUGCAAGUUCAAAGGAUGUUGAGAAAUGAGAAAUAUCUAAAUAUAUAUAUUACAUCGUAUACUUAUAAAUGAUGCUUGCACUUGCAAAUUUCAUGUCUGAUACUACAGUAUACGUUAUUUUUUAUUCCUGUGAAUCUAUAACAAAAAGCUUUUUGGAAAAGAAAAACAACACACAAACAAG